UAAGAAUCUAUCACAGUCUAGUUUCACAUCGAAAACCAAUUGGAAGUUUAUUUUUCUUAAUUGGAGAAAAAAUAUAGUUCAAUUGUUUUUGUGAAACUACCUUUUUCAAUUCCUUUUUUCCUUAAUUUUUAUUAAAAAAUAAAAUAAAAAUGUUUACAAAGUUGGUAAUUUUGUCUUUGGCCGCUGUGGCCUGCGCCAAACCCCAAGCUGCCCAAUACCCAGCCGGUGUGAAUCCCCAGGAUUGUCCCGGUUUCCCCAUCUGUGAUAAUGCCCGCCUGCAUAAUCCCGCUUCCAGAUGGCAACAGCCUCAACCUGCAUGGCAACCACAACCCUCGUGGCAGCAACCCCAACCCUCUUGGCAACCACAACCAUCGUGGCAACAACCUCAACCCUCUUGGCAACCCCAGCCCCAGUGGAAUGCACCACCAGCUGCCCCCGGUGCUGCUGAUAAAUUCCCAGCUGGUGUGAGUCCACACACCUGCCCCAACUAUCCAUUCUGUGAUGUGAAUGCUGGCGGUGCUGCUGCUCCAGCUCCUCCACUACCCGGUUUCACCGAACGCCAGUACCCAGCUGGUGUCAGCCCCCACACUUGUCCCAAUUUCCCCUAUUGCAAUUAAGUUUGUCCCCUGGCAUAUUGAAACUGGAUGACACCGUCUACAAUGCACUUUCGCUCUCACUCUCAAUUUCCCUCUCUCACUCACUCCGAAUGCCACUCUCAUGGAAUACUCUCCAACAUUUAACAUAUCAUCAAUAAUUGUGUGCUGUUUUAAAUACUAUCUAUCUAUGUUCUAUAUUAAGAUUGAUGAUGAUGACAAUGAAUGAUUUCCAUACCUCCAUCCCUGCAUUUCAUCCUAGCCUAUUCUUGCCAUUCACAUUUCCCCCGUAUAUUUUAUCCUUGGUUGUUUCGACAGAAUAAAAACAAAGAAAGACAAAGACUUA